UCCCAUAAUUCUGCGCGGGGGUGGGCUCUCUUUUCGCGUCAUUUCCGACUCCUUCCGGUUUCGCCGAGAUGGUGCCCCCGGUGCAGGUGUCGCCGCUCAUCAAGUUCACCAGGUACUCGGCGCUGCUGGUUGGGAUGCUCUACGGGAAGAAGCGAUAUGACUACCUAAAGCCUGUUGCUGAAGAGGAAAGGAGAAUAGAGAAUGAAGAGAAAAAGAAGCGUGAAGAAUUGGAACGAAUUGCGAAAGAACUGGCAGAAGCCAGUGAGGACUCUAUACUGAAAUGAACAAAUUGCAUUGGACCUCAUUUUCAUCUUCAGCAAAAUCUGAAGCCUUGAAUUAGCUAUGUUAAGUUCAUUUAAGCACUAUAUUUACUGUUUCUGUCAAUAAAUACUUGUGAACCAUA